UUGAAAAAUUUCCCAAAAAAACUUAAUUUAUUUAACCUUACCAUAUUUAGACAGUAAAAGUGACAAUUUAUAAAUGGAAAAGCGAGCAUUUACAUUAGUUGAUAGUCCACAAAAGUGUUUACCGCAUGAUGUUAGUAAAAAAGUGAAGAUUUCAGUGUCUCCAAAAAAGUGUAAAGAAAAUAAUGGAAAUAUAAUUAAUAAAGCUACGGAUGACUUUGAUUUUGAUGGCUUAAUGUUUGAUGAUGAUGAUGACAUCUUUCUGGAAAUGGUUUUAAAGAAUGCAGAAGAAAGCAACAAACCAUUAGAUCUUACAGACUUCAAAAGAUGUAAAGUAAAUUUUAUCGAGAUCCAUCCAAAAACCUUUGAGAAAAUCUUACAUCUCGAGGAAAAGAAGACUAAGAAGUUCACAAAAUGCUGUUUAAAGGGGAUCUGGUUUGACACGAAUGUUGCACAAAAUGACAUUGUGUCAGUUAAAGGCAUUUGGAAUGAAGAGAGGAAAUUGUAUUUUGUGUCAAAUGAUAGUGGAAUAAUUGUUGUUCUGCCUGAUUUCCUUGUUUCCGGAACAACGGUUGUAGGAUCAUUGUUUUGUACACGUAAAUCAGUUUUAAGCGAAAGAUUUCGAGGAGUUGAUUUUGAUGACACUCUGGUUAUGCAUGUUGGAUCAAUCGUUCACGAAAUCAUUCAAAAAGCUAUGAAGGAUAAUUUGACAACAUUAAAGGAAGUGAAGAGAGCUAGUGAAGAGGUUUUGAAUCAUGCAAACAUUAUUCAAUUACUUUAUGCAUGCAAAAUAUCGCCUGAAGAUUUAAAGAGCCAAAUUGAUCCAUUUAUAGACAGAAUAUUCCAUUUCAUGCAGCAAUAUUUUGUUGGAAAUAGUCAAUCACAAAAACCUAGCAAUGGAAAUGAUUCUAAUAAGCAAUUUAUGGGACGUAUUGCAGAAGUUCAAGACAUUGAAGAAAAUGUAUGGAGUCCACAUUUAGGAUUAAAAGGAAAAAUUGAUGCAACCGUGACUGUAUAUCCACCAAAUCAAUUUUUCAAUUCUUUCCGCAAAUUAAUUCCUGUAGAAAUUAAAACCGGAAAGUCCUCAUACUCAUUAGAGCACAAAGGUCAAUUAAUUUUAUAUCAGUUGAUGAUGCGCGAUUUGGGGAAACAAAUUGAUUCAGGUUUAUUGCUGUACAUCCGUGAUGGAUUGAUGAGUGAAAUUCGCGCAUCACGUCCUGAAGAGAGUGGAUUAAUAUCGAUGAGAAAUCGACUUGCCAAGUACCUCAAUACAGAAAUUGUGACACGUGAAAAAACAAUCAAUCUACCUGAGCCAAUCAAACAUCCAACAGCAUGUCAAAAGUGCUCUUAUAAUGUCUUGUGCUGUGCUUUCCUCGAGAAGGAUGAAAAUUAUGUUUUGCAAUCUAAUCAUCCAUUAUUUAAGAUACAAGAGUCAGCUAUUGCGCAUUUGACAAUUGAGCAUUACAAUUACUUCCUACAAUGGUGUCAUUUAAUUACAUUAGAGCAUAAUGAAGGUCAGAGACCCAUCAAAUUGAAGCAUUUAUGGACUAAAAGUGCUGAUGAAAGAGCAACAAAAGGAAAUGCAUUAGCAAAUCUCAUUAUCAAGGAUUUCGUUGUUCAGCAUGGAAAUGAAUUUGUUCAUCCAUUUACUUCCUCAAAUAGUCAAUUAGAUUUUACUCAAACAAACUUUGAUAUUGGUGAAUAUUUAAUUGUUAGCACAGACAAGAGAUGUUCAAUUACUGCUGGUCGAGUUUAUAAUAUAAAAUCAACGCAGAUCUCACUAUUACUGCCAAAGGAUAUAAGUCGUCAAUAUGCAAACGAAAAAUUUCAUCUCGACAAGCACGAAUCACAGUCACAGUCAGUCUUUAAUUUCUCAAAUAUUGGAAUAUUGUUGGAGAAUAACGACGAGAAAGGAAUUAACAGAUUAAGGAGCAUCAUUGUUGAUAAAAUGCAGCCACAAUUCAGUAAUAGUCUCCCGAAAUCAAUUCAGCAGAAAAUUGAUCAGACUUUAUUGGAAAUGAAUCCCGUACAGAGAAAUGCAAUAUUAAAGGCAUUAACAUGCGAAAGUUAUAUGCUUAUUAAGGGAUUACCGGGAACUGGAAAAACUCAGACAUUGGUGAACUUAAUCCAUUUAUUAAUGGUGAUGAAAAAAUCGAUAAUAAUUACAAGUCACACAAACUCGGCUGUUGAUAAUAUAUUAUUGAGAUUAAAGGAACGAAGAAUCAAGUUCCUUCGACUCGGUUCUGUUUCGAGGAUUCACAAGGAUUUACAUGAUUAUUGUGAAGCUACUUUAAUUGAAAAGUGCCAUUCUGUUGAGGAUUUAAAAGAACUUUAUAGUAAAUAUCAAAUUGUUGCUGUUACUUGCCUUGGAUCUGCUCAUGCUCUUCUUGCAAAUAGACGAUUUGACUACUGUCUUGUUGAUGAGUCAACACAAAUUUUCCAACCGACAGUAAUUCGUCCAUUAUUGUCAGCUGACAGAUUUAUUCUUGUUGGAGAUCCAGACCAGUUGUCACCGUUAGUAAGAAGCAAUGAAGCUAGGCUUCUUGGAGCUAAUCAGAGUUUAUUCGAGCGACUUGAUUCGAAAGAGGCAACAUCUGUUCUUGGAUUGCAGUAUCGUAUGAACAAGACAAUCACUAAAUUAGCUAAUAAUUUGACUUACAAUAAUGAACUGAAAUGUGCUAAUGAGAAGAUUGAGAAGGCAGUAAUGGAAGUACCAAAUGUUGAUAAGUUAAAGGAACAAUUAAGUAGUGACAAGUGGCUGGCAAAAGUUCUCACAUCACAUUUAGAUCAAGCUUGUUCCUUAAUUAAUACUGGAAAUGUUUAUGAAAUGGCUACUGGAUAUUUCGAUUCAGUCAAUAUGAAGGAACGAAAAGAAAAAUCGAAGCUAUAUGUUAAUUAUUGUGAAAUUGCUAUUGUCAUGCACAUUGUAGAUAUACUGAUAGAUUGUGGAGUAAGCGGUGAAUCUAUUGGCAUUAUUGCUUCUUAUCGAGAUCAAGUUGAAGCUUUAAAGAAAAUUUUCGAGUCUUACAAAUCCGUAGAAGUCAAUACAGUCGAUCAAUAUCAAGGACGUGACAAGAAGAUAAUAAUUUAUUCAUGUACGAUGACAGAAAUCACAAAUGAUGGCAAUAAAUCGUCUAAAUCAUUGGAAGUAGAAAUUCUCGAAGAUAGAAGGCGCUUGACUGUCGCAAUUACGAGAGCAAAACAUAAAUUGAUUAUGAUUGGUGAUGUAAAUUGUCUAAAUAAGUACACACCAUUUAGGGAUCUCUUCAGACACAUGAAUAGCAUAUCAAAAGUUCAACUACAAGAUGAAAAGUUUGGAUUCUCGUGGGAAAAGUUGAUGAAAAGUUUAAAGGAAAAGUUAAUUUGAUAUUUAUUUCGUUUUAAAGUCUGAUAAAGUAAAGAAUAUAAAGUGUGCAUGAAAAUGUUUAAUUAAAUGUGUUUAAAGUAAUGUGUUUGAGUUAUGAGAUAAAGUUUAAUGAGUUUUGAUGAUUUGCUGCAUAUUACAAUUUUUAUAUUUUGGUAUCUAACUGUUACUUUGUCAGAGAAUGGGUUGGAUCCUAUUUUAAACUCUUACUCGAUUGAAAAGUGUUGUCCCAGCCAAGUAUGUGAAAAGAAGCAUAAGAUACAUUUUUAUUAUUUUGUAAACUCAGAUUGAAUGGUAAAAAUAGUAGAACAUAAUUGUGAACAAAUGAAUAAUCUAUAAUCUUGUUAGCUGAGGCUGAUUAAUUCGAUAUUGGUACGGAUCUUAUUUAAUUAAACAGUGUGGACAUUUUAUGAAAUUCUCAUUUUUAGUAAUGACGUCAUGAAG